AUGAGGGUAGUAAGGUACUGGAAUACCCUGGAAUACUGGUUACCCAGGGAAACUGUGGAAGCCCCUUCCCUGGAGGUGUUCAAGGAAGUAACGCUGAAGGUCCAUGUAAGCGAUGCCAGCACACAUCAGCCAGUAACUGAAGCCUUCAUUGAGAUUUUUACCAACCAGAUCUCCAUUGCAUCUGGAACCUCAGGAGCAGAUGGCACGGCCUUCCUCAAGUUUCAAUAUAAAUUGGGCAAUCAGCUGAUAGUGACUGCUAGUAAACAUGCAUAUGUGCCAAACUCUGCACCAUGGAAACCUGUAAGAUUGCCUGUGUUCUCUUCACUGAGUCUCGGCCUUCUUCCUGAACGCUCAGCAACUCUAAUGGUCUAUGAUGAUGUAGUCCAGAUAGUCUCAGGAUUUCAAGGUGCGCGGACUCAGCCACAAGUUCACUUUCAAAGAAGAUCUGUGAAAUUACCAGAAAACACUAGCUACAGUGAUUUGACAGCAUAUCUGACUGCAGCCAGUUCACCCUGGGAAGUGGACAGUUUUCCUUAUUUGCAGGGAUUAGAUGGAAAUGGAACAGGAAACAGCACGAGGUACGACCUCACCCCUGUCACUGCCGUCAGCGUUCAUCUCCUCAACAGUGAUGGGACUCCGGUCCCUGUGAAUGGCCCCAUCUAUGUCACUGUGCCUCUGCCAACAAACAGCAACUUGAAGCACAAUGCACAUGUUCCAGCUUGGAGGUUUGACCAAAAAUUUGGGACAUGGCUGAAGAGUAGCUUGGGCCUUGUGCAGCAAGAAGGAAAUCAGUUGACUUGGACUUAUAUUGCACCUCAGCUGGGCUACUGGGUUGCAGCUAUGUCACCUACUAUCCCAGGUCCCGUUGUAACACACGACAUUACCAGCUAUCACACAAUGUUUCUUUUGGCAAUUUUAGGAGGGAUGGCUCUCAUACUUCUAGUCUUGAUGUGUCUGCUUUUGUAUUAUUGCAGAAGAAAAUGUUUAAGACCACGUCAGCAUCAUAAGAAACUGCAACUUUCAACAGCACUGGACACUUCUAAGAAGGAUCAAGCAACCUCAAUGUCCCAUAUCAAUUUAAUAUUUUCACGUCGUGAGUCGGAAUUUCCUGGCGGAUUGUCUGUUGCCAGCAAUGGACACACUGAAAACUCAGGUGCAAAGGAACUAAUCAGCGCUGUCCGCAUGGAGAUGGUUUCACCUAGUGGAGAAGCAGAUAUGCAUACACCUAUGCUCAAACACUCCUUCAGUACUUCCCAGGAAUUUAGCUCCCGAGAGGAGCUGCUCUCUGACAAGGGGAAAAACAAGAGCAGAAUUUCCUUGGAUGACCUAACUCCCAGUGGAUCUCUAAGAAAAGACUACCACAAAUCAGCAGAUGGUUUUCCUUUGAAGACAAGAAAAUCUACAGAAACAGCUGAAGGCUACGAGUCCCCAGUGAAAGAUGAGUAUAGGAGAAGUUAUAAUGCUAUGCUGCCUCAGCCUUUAUUUGAAAAGCAAGAGAGAGAAAUUCAAGUAUCUAUGAACCAUAUUGCUUCUGGAAGUAAAUACAAUAUUCAGGAACAAAUAUAUCCCACACCUUCAGCCCCUGAAAAAGAGCUGCUGGACUGCAGACCUACUGAUUGUAUGAUGUCUCGUUCAGUUGAUCACCUCGAAAGACCUACAUCUUUUCCUCGACCAGGUCAGUUAAUCUGCUGUAAUUCUGUUGACCAAGUCAAUGACAGUGUUUACAGAAAAGUUUUGCCUGCAUUGGUAAUCCCAGGUCAUUACAUGAAAUUGCCAGGAGAACACCCUUUUGUUAGCCAGCCACUGGUUGUCCCAGCUGACCAGCAGAUAGAUCUAGAAAGACUUCAGGCUGAGCUUCCUAACCCUCACGCCCGGCUUUUCCCGCAUCCCCCACAGCAGCUGCAACCCCAACAGUUAGCAUCCCAAGCAAUAUCUCAGCAGCACUUGCAAGAUGCAGGUGCAGCUGAGUGGAGUCAACAAAAUGCUUCCAUGUCUGAAUCUAUUUCCAUUCCUGCCUCACUUAACGAUGCAUCCCUGGCACAGAUGAAUAGCGAAGUGCAGCUUCUUACAGAAAAGGCUUUGAUGGAACUAGGAGGUGGAAAGCCAUUGCCUCAUCCUCGAGCGUGGUUUGUUUCUCUAGAUGGACGUUCAAAUGCUCAUGUUAGACAUUCAUACAUCGAUCUCCAAAGAGCUGGUAGGAACGGGAGUAACGAUGCCAGUUUGGACUCUGGUGUUGACAUGAAUGAACCAAAAUCUGCCCGAAAGGGAAGAGGCGACCAUCUGUCUGCACCACAGAGUCACCCACCAGUGCAGGAGCAUCAGCAGAGGGAGCGGAAGGUUUCAGAUAGCACAGCUUACACACAACUUGUGUACUUAGACGAUAUGGACCAAAGUGGCAGUGAGUGUGGAACAGCAGUUUGUAGCCCUGAGGACAAUGCUCUACGAUGCCUGCUAGAAGGCACCAGUAAGAGGAGUGGUGUGCAGCUGCCCAGCCUGCAGGAGGAAACGAGAACUGUGGAUACCAAACCAGAGCCAUUAACUAGUCCUGAACAUGGAACAUCAGUUCGAGAUGAUGAAGAGGAUGAGGAGGAUGAGGAAGAUGACCAAGGUGAAGAUAAGAAGAGUCCUUGGCAGAAACGAGAGGAAAGACCACUAAUGACUUUCAAUCUAAAGUGAGCUAUUGUGAAAAUCCACCAUUCAGUGGAGUAUAAGAUUGCCAAAUAUUCUUUCUGUGGAAGUGCUUGAUUUUAUUUUUAUUUGUUUUGUUGUGGAGAGAAAAGAGAAAAAAACAAACUGUGGUGAGCAACAUUUGAAAGAACUUAAAUGCAUUACUGUGUAAAUGUUAGAAAAGAAUUAAAAUCAUUCCUCUGACAUAAAGGCUGCCUCCAGUGAGACAGCUGAACGAAGAGUGUGAUUGUUAUUCCAUAUACUUGAUAUUGGUCAUCCAGGAUGUUGAAAAUAAUGAGUUUUAGUUGGUUUAUGACCUCAGUCUCCUCAUGAAUGGGAGCUGGUAAAGCUUUUGUUUUAUAGGCCAAUUUUAUGUUGAUAAUGCUACUGAAAGUAUCUUAAAAACAAGAGUUUGACACAUGGUGUCCAAAAUUGUGCAUUAUCUCAAUGAAAGGCUAUGCAUUGCUGCUUUUAGUAAUUUUUUGCUUAUACUAUGCUUUCCUUAAUUUUACAAGUUGGUUGUAAACAUUUUAUGUCCUUUAUGAUAAACUACUCAGCAAUCUAUUUUAAUGUAAAACUGCAGGAAACUUGAUUAGCAUCCCUUAGCAUUGAAGCCUUUUUUACAGUAACAAUGAACAGUCCCUUCUUUUGCUAACUCCUUUUAAUUGACCCUAUUUGGGAUUUUAUAAACUUCUGAACUUCUACCUUUUAUUUUAAGCUGCAUGCCAAGAAUCCCAUUUUGUGCUGAGCAUUUCUCAUUUCAAUACAGUGUAUUCUG